AUGCCUUCAUCGCACGACUUCAGUCUAUCCCACAAGCGCCAGCGCCUUGAGCAUCCUUCCGAAACACCGCAGCGUCAGUUGAAGAAGCAGAAGAUCAGCCAGUCUUACUGGGAUAAUCUAUCAAAGUUUACUGAGCUGAAGCACUGUGAAGUGUUUUCUUUUGCUCCUGAUAUUCUCUGUAAUUGUCUACCUGGUCACUUAAAGAAGAUAGAGAGGCUUUUGAGAUUGGGAGGGCCGGACCUGUCUGAUUUGAGAAAUUAUCCUGUUCCCCAACCGAUGAGUUCAAGGUCAUCCUCCCAUCGUAGGAAGCAUCGGGCAGAAUCUCCUCCAUCAUCCAACACCGGAAACACAAAGACGACCACAAAAACCUCAAGCACCUCAGUAUAUAGUCGGAACUUCCAGCAGAAUUUAAUUGACCAUAGAGUCUAUCCACCGGAGUAUAGGUAUCCGGACAGCGAGAAAGAAGCGGAUGCAUAUGCAUUCAAAGAGAAGCCAGUUACAGUUUCAAUAGUUUCAAUUCUUGACAGUGAUAUCAGUGACCCAAAAUGUGUCAGGAGGGAUUAUUCAUUUGGAAAUCUUGCUCUCUUAACUGAUGGCACAUUGGCUUCAGCCAAACCAGAUCACUUCUAUGGUGCUUGUCCUGAACAGCUCAAUCAUCAAAUUUGCAAGGAAUUGAGCAAUCAUAUUGUUCCAUCAACGCAGGAUGACCUCCCAAUGGCAUCAAACUUCUUCUUAGAAGUGAAAGGCCCUGACAGAUCCCUGGCUUCAUAUCAAGAAUAUGAAUCAAUCUAUGACAACAACACCUAUACUCUUACAUCAACUUAUCAUGGCGGUCAACUCAAACUAUACACCACUCAUCUCACCAAGCCCAGUGGUCCAGACAGCCGUCCCGAGUAUAUUAUGACUCAGCUCAAUACUUGGGGGAUGACUGGUAACUUGGAAACUUUUCAGCAAGGAGCAGUGGCAUACAGAAAUGCUCAAGAUUGGGCAAAGGAAAAGAGGGCUGGAGUUAUUAGGGCGGCAAAUGAAAGAUUCUCAGAGACUGAGUCUCAAUAUCAUUCUGCAUCUCAGCAUCGGACGAACUCCGACAUAGCUGCUACCUUAGAUGAUUCCGAUGUUUCAACUGUGACUGAUGAAACUGAGGAUGCGCAAUGGAGCUUUGCUGCUGCUAACAAAGAUGUGGAAGAUGAGACCCAGAUUCUGAGCAGAAACCCCAAAAAAUCAAGGGUGGGUGAUAUUGCUGGGAAUAAGAUUACUGGGCGUUUAAACUGA